GGCUGUUCUCUGUUUCUCUCCAUUCCUCCUUCGUGCUACGUCGAUGCAUCGUUUUAACGGUUUCUCAUAAUUUUUCGAUAAACACCCUGAGUGCCCAAGGUUACGGAGAGGUGUCGGCGUGACGUACAUGAUCGCAUUCCGGUGGCUUUUCCUUUCGUCGACGGAUGCCACGGCGGUGACGGACAGGCAGGCGGCUCGCACGACGGUGAUCAUGGCGACUCGGGGUACGGCCCAAAGGCCGAAUGGAUCGACACAAGGAAAAAUUUGUCAGUUUAAACUAGUUUUACUCGGUGAAUCAGCAGUCGGAAAAUCAAGUCUUGUUUUAAGGUUUGUCAAAGGACAGUUCCACGAGUACCAGGAGAGUACAAUUGGUGCUGCAUUUCUAACACAAACUGUAUGUUUGGAUGACACAACUGUAAAAUUUGAAAUCUGGGAUACUGCGGGGCAAGAGCGUUAUCACAGUCUUGCACCGAUGUAUUAUCGUGGUGCACAGGCAGCCAUUGUUGUGUAUGAUAUAACAAAUCAGGAUACAUUCUCACGUGCCCAAACAUGGGUAAAAGAAUUGCAGCGCCAAGCCAGUCCGAGCAUAGUAAUAGCAUUAGCUGGAAAUAAGGCAGACUUGGCAAAUAAGAGAGUCGUCGAGUAUGAUGAAGCUCAAACGUAUGCGGAUGAAAAUGGCCUUCUUUUCAUGGAAACAUCUGCUAAGACGGCAAUGAAUGUUAACGACAUAUUCCUUGCAAUUGCUAAAAAGCUUCCUAAAAACGAACAAUCGGGAAGUGCAAGUACGAGUGGUCAAGGCCGUCGACUAGUCGAGUCAGAUGGGCAAAAGGCAGCAACCGGCAAUUGCUGCAAGUGAUUAUCUAAAUCCAUAUGUACUAUAAUCUACAAAGAUAAGUGCACUACAAGUGUGCUACGAUGAAUUUGAGAAGAAGACACACACAACAGGGGAAAAAUACAGAGUGGGAAGUGAACUGUGUGGGACAUUCGCAAACAUUUUGCUAGAGUGAUUGACUAAGAGUCUGCGUCUCAAUGUAAUCGACGAUAUAUCAUCUAUUUUGAGUAUCAGAUCUAUUAAGAGGUGGUAAAAAAAAGCUCCCAUUUGUAAUUCUAGUAGUGUAAUGG